GCUCUCAUUGGGAUGGGCGGGCACCCGCCGGCGGUCCCGCCAUGAGCGUGGCGCUGCGGAACGCGCAGUGCGCCGUGCCCGUGCGCCGGGUCCCUCUCCGCCGCGCCGUGUGCGCCCUGCGCGCCGCCCUGGGCGCCUCCCGCUUCGACGUGGGGCUGGUCUGCGCCAGCAACGCGUUGAUGCGGCGUCUGAACGGCGCCUACCGACACUGCCCGGAGCCCACCGACGUCCUCUCUUUCCCGUUCCACCAAGUGGCGGCGGGGGAGCUGCCGCGGCCGUGCUGCCGCGACGAGUACAACCUGGGGGACAUUUUCCUGGGGGUGGAGUACAUCCACCAGCAGUGCCGCGAGACCGGGGAGAAAUUUGACGAUGUACUGACGGUGACGGCAGCCCACGGAUUGUGCCACUUGCUCGGCUACCGGCACGACACGAAACCCGAGUGGGAGCAGAUGUACCAGAAGGAAGUACAAAUCCUGGAGGAGCUGAACCGCCUCACAGGCUCCCGCCUGCGUCCUCUCACCGCCGGCCUUUUCUGAGAGACCGAGAGCGGGGCGCCGGCGGAGCCCCGGCACCGCCCCGGACGUGG